UGCGAGAAACGGACGUCGUCUGCUCGCUGGGCACACUCACGCGGGGGAUCGUUUUCCAAACCGGAUUGAGCUCCUGCGAGAGGAAGCGAGAACAGUGACCGUGAAGCCGUGAAGCACUCUCUUCGUGAUUUAGGAGGAUUGUGUCCCCGUCUUUCCUUGUCCCCUGGGGGUCCCCCUUUCAGUUUCGGCGAAGUCGUCGUCGGAAGGCCAUCCAAAGACUCGAAGAUGGCGUCGCUUGCCGCCGUCUCGGUUCCAGUGGCUGUUUUUCUCCUCGCUCUUAUAACCGACAGUUGGGCCCGUGAAGCACUCCGAACGCCCAGUCCCCUCGGUCCUGUCCUCCGAAGUCGGAGACCCUCACCACCGGGCUCCCCGUCGCUGGGCCGAGCUCGCCCGGAUCGCCGCAGGACACCCGCUGGCUCCCCAAACGCCACCUACGACUACUUCGUCCUCAGUCAGCAAUGGAGUCCCGGCAUCUGUGCCGCCGAUUCUCAGUGCGUUUCCGCCAGCAAGCGGAACUACUGGACGAUUCACGGACUGUGGCCAAGUGGAAAUUACACCUCUCCCAGUUACUGUCUUGACGAGCGAUUCAACGGCCACAUAUUGGACCCAAUCAAGAGAGACCUGAACAAGUACUGGCCCUCCCUCAAUCACGCCGAAGCCCGGUAUUUCGCCUUUUGGAGGCACCAGUGGCAGAAGCAUGGGUCAUGCGCUACGGACGUGCCCAAGCUGAACGGAAUAUUCAACUUUUUCAACUCUACUCUGGCCAUAUACCACAAGUACAACAUCUUCGACUUCUUGGCCAACAGCUACAUUCGACCAAGUGCCGUGAGGACUUUUUCGGCUGCGGAGAUCAGAAACGCGCUCUCGGACGACAUCAGGCAAAAAGUCAACAUCGUCUGUCAAAGGGUGCCGAAUGUGGACGGCCCAGUCCUGACAGAGAUCCGUUUCUGCUUGGACAAAGAGCUGGCAACCGUCAACUGCCAGGGAAGGAACGGUGGAUGCACCAAGCGCAACUAUUACUUGCCCAAGAGAUGAAUAAAUACCUGCAGACGACCGCACCGAACGCAAGAA